CGCCAGAUAUCACCAUAAUCUAUGUGGUUUAGAUACACAGUUAACGCACGGCUAAUGCUGAGAUAUGAUAUAAACCCGGAGUACUAGGUGACUAAAUGAUACAUUCCUUGAAUUACCUCUUAUUUCCAGUUGUUCAAGGUACAAAUUUCACGCACUAUUUCCAAAACUCUUCCAGGCUUAUGCAUCUAGAUCACUGCCUAACGCAAAUUUGUCCAGUAAAUGAUGCAGAAUAUACCUGACAGGAAGAUGCAGCUCUACCCCGCAAAUUGCCCAUUCACAAACAAUGAGCCUACCCGUAUUGAUUCCGUGUAUUUUUUUGCUGAUUCGCACCAUCAAUACCUUCUUGCCGUCCCCGAACUUGUGGGCUUCCAAUCGCGCUGUAAUAAAACAGUCGCGUUUUGCCAACCCAUGCCGAAAAUGUCGUGUUUUGACGAUUCGUGCCUUCUCCUAAUCACCCGAGACAAACAAGAUCCAGACUUUCUACCUAUAGCUUCACAUUUAUCCUUCUUCAACUUCCCACGGCCAGUUCUAACUUAUUUCCAAGGUAUGCGUCUGAUUAUCCAAUACUCUACUUUGUGGUAUACAAAGGGCUACCUGAAAACCACUGGGGGAUAUACACCCAAGUUUGAUUCUCCUACACCAUUGGCUAUUGCUUCGGGCCUUAACUCCAAGCGAUAUCUAAAAGGUUAGCCUUGGGGUCUCUUGCCCGCAACUUGCUCAAAAAAGUGGCGCCAAAACCACUCUAAUGAGUAAUCAAGAGAUUCAAACUUCAGAUGAGCUUUCAGCCUUUUUUCUUGGCUCCUUCAGCUUUUCGCGAUCCCCCACUAAAGC